AGUUCAAGCUCUGCAUACCUCCAUUCCAGCACCUCCUGCCAACUUCAAAUUGAGGGAUGAUCAUGUUUCUGGAAGCGCAAUCAAAGCUCCAAGAUCUUUCUUUUCGCUUUCAAACUUUCGGAGCAAGGGAGGGGAUUCAAAGUCACGUCAAUAAGGCAGCCAUUGGUGGCAGCCUGGGAGAACCUUGAUCAAGCAAAUAUGGUGUAAAGAAUGAAUGGUUGGGUAAUGAUAAAACAACGCAGGAUGGGUGAUGCAGAGGGAAAGAAAUGCUCUUUUUUGGAGGUGAAAUAUGUUGUAAAUUGU